CUGGGCUGGUGAUCACACAGAGCCUUAUUGAAGCCUCCAGCGAUAUGCAGCUCUGGUAGCCCUGACCACCAGACACCUGACGUAGCCUCGGUGAGCUCUGAAGGCCAGACGUGCUAGCAUUCUCUCUCUCCCUCUUUCUCUCUCUCUCUUUCUCUCUCUCUCUCUUUCCUCAGGCCAGCUCUGCCAUGCAUCUCGCUCAAGAAGACCAAAGCAUGGACAAUCAACCGAAAGAGAAAAUAUCAAAUGUAAGUCACCUGGCCAGUGUUAUCAUUCCUGAGUCCAACACUGAUGGAUUAGACGAAAAUCUGAAUGAGCGGUCUGGAGGUAACCUCAUCUACUCCAUCAAUGAUCGCCCACCAUGGUACCUCUGCCUUCUACUGGGAUUCCAGCAUUACAUACUGGCUUUCGGUGGGAUCUUAGCCAUCCCUUUAAUCCUCGCUGAGCCGUUGUGCAUUAAGGACAACAAUGCAGCCAAGAGCCAGCUUGUCUCCACCAUCUUCUUCGUGUCAGGAAUUUGCACCCUGCUUCAGACCACCAUUGGGACCAGGUUGCCGAUCCUGCAAGGAGGAACGUUCACUUUCAUCACACCGGCGCUGGCGAUCCUGGCCUUGCCAAAGUGGCAGUGUCCAAAGGGAGGCAUGACCCCUGACCUCAAUGCCACGCUAACCUCUGUCUCUCACCUAGACCCUGAGGAAGUGUGGAAAAUGCGCAUGAGAGAGAUCCAGGGAGCGAUCCUGGUGGCAUCGCUGCUUCAGGUCGUGCUUGGACUCUCAGGGCUGGUGGGAUUCGUGCUGAAGUUCAUCGGACCCUUGGCUAUCGCCCCAACCAUCAAUCUGAUCGGUUUGUCACUCUUCAUCCAGGCUGGGAAGAAGUCAGGAGCACACUGGGGCAUUUCAGCUCUGACAGUGUUUCUUAUCCUUCUCUUCUCCCAGUAUCUCAGCAAGGUUAGAGUCCCUCUCAUUGCAUACAAGGACAAGACGUGGAAAGUGUUUCAUUACCCUCUCUUUAGUCUGUUCUCGGCUUUGUUUGGGAUGUCUGGAUCUUGGCUGGUGUGCUUUCUCCUGACAUACUUCGAUGUUCUGCCCACUUCGCCGCACGAGUACGGCUACCAGGCCCGAACAGACAUCAACCUGGAUGCGGUGAGCAGUGCCGAGUGGUUCUUCAUGCCUUAUCCAGGUCAGUGGGGUCUCCCGACCGUGAGCAUCUCCUCCGUCCUAGGCAUGAUGGCAGGAGUACUGGCAUCUACCAUGGAGUCCAUCGGGGAUUACUACGCCUGUGCACGUCUCUCUGGUGCCCCGACUCCGCCCACUCAUGCUAUUAACCGUGGCAUUGCAGUGGAGGGUCUGGGCUGCAUCCUGGCAGGGCUGUGGGGCAGCGGCAAUGGGACGACUUCCUACAGCCAGAACAUAGCUGCCUUGGGGAUCACCAGGGUGGGAAGCAGGCUGGUCCUCCAGACGUCCGGGCUCCUCAUGGUCAUGCUGGGACUCUUUGGGAAGUUCAGCGCCGUGUUCAUCACCAUCCCGGAGCCGGUGAUCGGAGGCAUGUUCCUGGUCAUGUUCGGGAUGGUCGCUGCUGUGGGAAUAUCCAACCUGCAGUACGUGGACUUAAACUCGUCCAGGAAUCUGCUGAUCUUCGGCGUUUCUGUCUUCACUGGACUUGUGUUGCCAACAUGGUUUCAUUCCAAUCCAAACACCAUCAACACGGGUAUAACAGAGCUGGAUCAGCUCAUCACUAUGCUCUUCACCACCCCCAUGUUUAUUGGUGGCUUCUUGGGAUUUAUCUUGGAUAACACUAUUCCAGGAACGGAUGAGGAACGAGGGAUCAAGCGUUGGAGGGAAAGUGUUGAUAGCAGGACUUCAGCGAUCUUCAGCAAUCAGUCCUGUUACGAUCUCCCUUUCUGCACCAACUUCCAUCAUAAAUUCAGGUUCCUCCAAAACCUUCCGUUCCUCCCAUCCAUUAAAUCACUGGACCCUCUGGGAACACGCCUAUAAAGCCUUCAGCCAGUUUAAAAGAAUGUAUAAAUCAUGGUAAAUCAUAGCCUACUGGACACAAUUAAUAAUUUACUGUGAGGUGGGAUUGUUCUCACACGCUUUGUUUACCAGGCUGUUUGUACAGACGUUUCCUGUAACCACUAAAUGUAAAGCAUUAAAUGCACAUUAAUUAGAAAGGAGCUGUGGUGUGAAUGCAUGGGUGCAGUUCAAGCACUUGAACUGUUUUUUAGAGCAGAAAAAAAUAAUGGGAACUUGCAAAAUAAAUAUAAACAUAAAGUCUUAUGGAUCCAUAAGUCUGGGUGAAGAAAAGUUUAUUUUGAUGGCGUGUUUCUCCAGCUCCGAAUCUGGCACCAAUCUCUAAUAUAUUACUGAAAAACUUUGAAGAAACUUCUUGACCCGUUACGGUCAAAAGUUUGGCCGGAUCGCUAAUAUCCCCGCUAAACACUAUGUGUGUUAACGACUAACAGUUUUUCCUUGGAACAUACACAGAUGGAAUUCUGUGUUCGGCUGCCAGAAGCAUUUUGGAAAAAUCUCAUGUAUAAUACGAGAAGCAUGAAUACAUUUAAUAUAAGAGUCAGAGGAAAGAAUAAAACACGCAACGUUGUGCUGUUCGAGGAAAGUAAUCAACUCCUCGAUGCUGUGGUGCGAUGAAGCGGACUGUAGUUACUCUCUCCACAAAGCUGAUUGCAGUGGAACCUCGGCACAUGAAAGCCCUCCCUUAAGCCAAACGAAGCAAGUUUACGAAUUUUAUGAAUUUUUUUUCAGUCAGUGAAACCUGUUUGGAAAGAGUCAACCCACGAUACCAACGUUGCCUUUGGUAUACGUUCAAAAGCUAGGUGAUUUUUCGGGCGUUUUUUUGUUGAUAGAUAUGGUGGCGUGGGUGGUCUGUUCUAUUUUUAGCCCAAGCUUGGUGGUACGACUUCCUGUGAGGAGCCUUGACAUGGAAUGCUCGGCUUGGGUCAGUUAUUUGUAAGCAGCCAUACAGUUUCCAUACGCCUUGUAUUGGUCAUAUUGGUCAUAUUUUUGGGGGGCUGGAACGGAUUAUCUGCAUUUACAUUAUGUCUUAUGGGAAAAUUAAUUUCUCAAUACAAAUUUUCACCUUAAGAACUCACCUCCAGAACAAAUUAAAUUCGCAUACCGAGGUUCCACUGUAGUUUCCUCUAACUGGACAUCCUGAUGUGUUUUAUUCUUCUCCUAUGACAGAAAAUAUCAUUUUUUUUAUUUAUUAACAAACGACAAAUCAUAGUUUUCUAUUUAUCCAUUUACAGCUACACCUAAGCUGUUCUUUCAGCUUCUCAUUUUUUUCAUCACUCUGAUAGAGAAGAAAAACAUGCAGCUUGUUAUUGUUUCAUGUCACAGCUUUAUCUCAGACUCUGACACUGGAGACUCCUUCCAUAAACGUAACAUAAACCUCUCCUCGCAGAAGACAUCCGCCGGGUGUGACGUGUUACUGUAGAAACGUUAACAGAGCCAUACAAACCUGUGAUUUGCUGCUGUCAGAAUUGCUAUUAAAGGGCAUUAAAGCUGCAGUGGUUGAUUUUUUUCAUCUUUAUGUGUACAAAUAAACAGGAAGAUAUGUAGAAUGUAAAAUGUGUAUUAAGCUGCUGAGGAAACUGGUUUGGAAAACUUUGAAAAAAAAUUGAUCCGGAAUUCUUGUUUGUGUUUGGAUGCACCGUUUAUCAGUCAUUUAUAUAGACAAUAUACUGUACAGGGUGGAGGCCAGGGGGCGGAGCUCAUUCAAAUGUUCAACCCAGCUAACUUUUACAAUUAAUCAAUGAACAGACAAACAUACAUACAAACAAACAAACAAGUGAAUGAAUGAAUUAAUGAUUGAACAAAUAAAUAACAUACAAACAACUACAUGAAUGGAUGGAUAAUGGAUGGAUGGAUGGAUGGAUGGAUGGAUGGAUGGAUGGAUGAAUGGAUGGAUGGAUGACUGAAUGAAAUGGAUGGAUGGAUGGAUGGAUGGAUGAAUGGAUGAAUGGAUGGAUGACUGAAUGAAAUGGAUGGAUGGAUGAAUGGAUGAUCUUACUGACUCAUCUUACAGAUUUUACCUCAUUUUACUUUAAUGAACCUUCUGACCAAUCAGGAUUGAGAAUUUAACAGCGCUGUGGUAUAAAUAUUUUUAAUACACUACAUAUAAUCUACAUUCUUUCUAUAUUUACAGCUUU